CUAAGCACCAAGUGGAUACUGAAUACUGUGAGCACAGGGGCCCAUGUGCUUCUUGGGAAGAUCCUCCAAAACCACAUGUUGGACCUCCGCAUCCGCAACUCUAAGCUCUUCUGGCGGGCGCUGGCCAUGCUGCAGCGGUUCUCUGGACAGCCCAAGGCUCGGUGCAUCGAGACCCUCCUCCAGGUGAUCCAUUUCCCCCAGCCACUGUCGGAUGAUAUUCGGGCUUCUCCGAUCUCCGUCCACAUCCAGACUGCACACGAGAAGGAACAGACUUCAAGGCAGCGUAAAUUGAAAAAGAUCCAGAAAUUCACAGCUUCCCAGUGGGAAGAAAAUCUCAGAAUGGGUUGCUCUGAAGCUAACCUGACAAACAGGCCCCAGUGCUCCAUAAAGGAUAAUAGUUUCCAGUACACUAUCCCUCACGAUGACUCCUUAAGCGGUUCAUCAUCUGCCUCUUCAUGUGAGCCAGUGAGUGAUUUUCCAACAUCCUUCCGAAAAUCUACCUACUGGAUGAAGAUGAGAAGGGUCAAGCCAGCUGCUGCUUCCCGUGUCGAAGGGUCUGGUGGAAUAUCAACCAAAGGAAAAAGGAAACCCAGGCAGGAAGAAGAUGAAGAUUAUGGAGAAUUUCCUCAGAAGAAGCAUAAGCUUUAUGGGAGGAAGCAACGGCCUAAAACUCAACCUAAUCCCAAAUCCCAGGCUCGUCGUAUUCGGAAGGAACCACCAGCUUAUGCAGCAGGCAGUUUGGAGGAACAAUGGUACUUAGAAAUCGUGGAUAAAGGCAGUGUCUCCUGUCCUACUUGCCAGGCGGUAGGGAGGAAGACAAUAGAGGGCUUAAAGAAACACAUGGAGACCUGCAAACAGGAAAUGUUUACUUGUCAUCAUUGUGGGAAACAGCUUCGUUCACUGGCAGGGAUGAAGUAUCACGUCAUGGCAAAUCAUAAUAGCUUGCCCAUUUUGAAGGCGGCUGGAGAUGAAAUAGAUGAGCCAAGUGAGAGGGAACGGCUCCGAACAGUUCUAAAGAGACUGGGAAAGCUCAGGUGCAUGCGUGAGAGCUGUUCUAGUAGCUUCACCAGCAUCAUGGGAUAUCUGUACCAUGUCAGAAAAUGUGGCAAAGGGGCUGCAGAGCUGGAGGAGAUGACCCUGAAGUGUCACCACUGUGGAAAGCCAUAUAAAUCGAAGGCUGGACUUGCGUAUCACCUGAGGUCAGAGCAUGGGCCUAUCUCAUUCUUUCCAGAGUCAGGACAGUCAGAGUGCUUAAAAGAGAUGAGCCUGGAGCCAAAGAGUGGGGGUCGAGUUCAGAGGCGUUCUGCCAAGAUAGCUGUGUACCACCUGCAGGAGCUGGCUUCUGCUGAACUGGCCAAGGAAUGGCCUAAGAGGAAGGUGCUUCAGGAUUUGGUACCUGAUGAUCGGAAGUUAAAAUAUACUCGCCCUGGGCUGCCUACCUUCAGCCAGGAAGUGCUACACAAAUGGAAGUCAGAUAUCAAGAAAUACCAUCGCAUUCAGUGUCCUAACCAGGGUUGUGAAGCUGUCUACAGUAGUGUAUCAGGCCUUAAAGCUCACCUGGGCUCUUGUACCUUGGGAAACUUUGUGGCUGGAAAAUACAAGUGUCUUCUGUGUCAAAAAGAAUUUGUGUCAGAGAGUGGUGUCAAGUAUCACAUCAACUCUGUCCAUGCUGAGGACUGGUUCGUCGUAAACCCAACCACCACCAAAAGCUUUGAAAAGCUAAUGAAGAUAAAGCAGCGGCAGCAGGAAGAAGAAAAGCGGAGACAGCAGCACAGGAGCAGAAGGUCUCUGCGAAGGCUGCAGCAGCCAGGCAUCCAGCUGCCUGAGGCGGAGCUGAGUCUUAGAGUAGGGAAGGAUCAGAGGAGGAAUAACGAGGAAUUGCUAGUGUCGACCUCCUAUAAGGAACCGGAGCAGGAGCCAGUGCCAGCACAGUUCCAGAAAGUAAAGCCCCCAAAGACUCAUCAUAAACGAGGAAGGAAAUAGGCAGGCAGUGUGAAAGCUCCUAGGAGAGCAAACGGGAUGCUGUUGUCACGGGGACCUGUGCUGGGAGGACUGAGUCACUGGGGCUGAGCGAGGAGAAAUGUACUCUUUUGUUUGGGUAAGGCUGUGACUUUCUCAGCUCCUUCCUCCUGUGUAAAUUUCACUGUUCUCUCUAUUUAUUCACUUUGACCCCACUCCCCCCCCACCCCCACCGCCUCUUGGGUAGGUGUUCCUGCUAUUCCUCAUUGGAGUCCUCUUGUUUUUCUCUCAUUUUGCCCAAAGAGCUCCCUCUUCAGUCCAACUGUGGGCCCUUCUUGCUCUGUACAAAACUGAGAAACCCAUUUGGUUGUCCUUUUCCUUCCCGGGCUAUAGAAUGUUCUCGGACUCUCCACUGAUUAGUCAUUCCAUCAUUUCGCUUAUAAAACAAUUCCAAAUUAAUUUUUAAGAAUCAUACUGAUUUAUCAUUUUGUAUUUGUGAUAUAACAAUCCUAGAAGCUAGAACUGUUGUCACUCAUGUAAUAAGCUUAUCCUGUCUCCCUGGGUAACAGAUUUUAUGGAGGCCGUUUGUUCUCUCUCAAUGUGGUUUUAGGAUUGAAAGUAAGAAAAUGGACUUAAGAUGAAAAAGCUAGAACCUCCCUAUGCUGGUUUUACUGGGAAGUGUUUCGUUUGUCCCAAGUAGCAGUGACUGGCUAGACCCCCAAGCAUGAAAAGCAGCCCAAACAUCAAAAUGUCCCAAACAUGAAAAUGGUGGGAAAGCAGGAAGUAGACGAAGCAAUAAAUACUGCCUUGACUUUC